CAUAUAUUACACAAUUGAAUGUCAAUCGCGAAUUUUUAUCUCUAUUGUCUACAUAGAUAAUACCGCGUGAUAUAUGUACUAGCAGAAUUUUCCUUGGCCACGCCCUUGACAUUUACACAAGUGUUAAGUGACAAAUUUAAUACUAUUCAACUCUUCGGGUUGUUUAAUCCUGCGCGUUUCCGUCUGCGUUUUGAUAGAAAAAGAUAUCGCCGGUAUUUAAGUGAAGUGAAGUUCGAUGCCAACUCGCAUCUUCAGUCAGUUAAGCCAGGUGAACAGUUGGCGCAAUGUCGCGUGUGUUCGUUUGUCUCUCCAUACUCUUCAUUCUCGGCAUCGGCAUUCGAUUCAGCGAUUGUGAAAGUGCUGAAAAUAUCAAGAAUAAUACCGAAUGUGAAGAUGUAAAUAUCAAACCUGGUUCCGAUGAAACUCAUUUAUCUCCACUUGAAAAGAGUAUAAAGGGGCUGAUGUUCCCGUUCGGUAUUAUAAGACGUAAUAUCUUUGGAAAGAACAACGAGGCCUCGCAAUCAAAAAUCGGAGGAUCUUUUGGUAGCAUCUUAGAAAAAUUUAGUGACUAUGUUCAUGCUAUCGCUCCAGGAACACUCUGGUGUGGUAGUGGAGAUAUCGCAAAAAGGGAAACCGAUCUUGGUCUUUUCAAGAAAACAGACGCUUGUUGCAGAGCACACGAUAAUUGCAAAAAUAAUAUAUUAGCUGGCAAAACAGAGGUCAAUGUUAAGAACAACGGUAUUUUCACAAGAUCUGCUUGUGCUUGUGACCAUGCGUUCUACCACUGUCUGAAAAAUGUCUCUAGUGUAGUUAGCAGCGACAUCGGAGUUACAUACUUCAAUGUACUGCAACCACAGUGUUUCCAAUGUAUAUGCCCGACAGAUGAUUGCAAUCUUAAUGAUGGCACGGAGUGCAAAGAUCAUUGCACAAAGUAUGAAUGGAUCGACAAUCCCAAGUAUAUUUAUCUCCUUGAAUAGAUCACAGAUUCAAGUUUUGUGAAAAAA